AUGGUGGAAAAUUGGUGCUCCACGGAAACAAAUAAGGCUGAAAUAGAAUACUUGGCCGCAAGUAAUACCAAGGGAACGAAUGCUCAUGCUCAUGUAUUCUUUAAAUUAAAAGAUAGAGCAAAGGUUCAUAAAAAACCAGUUGCUAAAAUAAAUAAUAUAGAAUAUAAACUAUUUUUUACUCCAGUCACAGAACAUAAGAAAUUUGAUGGAUCAUUUCAAGCGAUAAUAAAAUAUCUAAAGAAUCAAAACAAGAAACACGGAUCAGAAUCUACUUUUGACGAAAUUGGCAAAGAAGAAGCAAUAAAAGGAAAAGUGGGAAAUAACCUGGUGGAACAGGCACUAUCAUUGGAAAAUUUGAAAGAGGCGGAAGGGUUAUUGAGACAGGCAAGCAUGACCUGGUAUUUAAACAAUGUAAAGAAGUUCAGAGAUGUAUGGAGAGAACAACACGAUAAUAAACAAACUAACAGAAUUAACAUAAAACUUAGACCCUGGAAAGAAGAUAAUAUAUUAGUGAAAAAUGCUAGAGCUUGGCUCCAGGGAGUCAAAUUAUCAAAACAAAAAAGAGUAAAAACUCUGGUAUUAUUAGGAGAUACCAGAAUAGGAAAAACUGAAUUUGUAAACGACCUGUUGAAAGGAAUGAAAGUGGACGAGUUUAGAGGACACUUCAUGUUUGAUGGUCAUGAUGAAUAUAAAAAUUAUGAUAUUCGUCUGUUCGACGAUGCAAAUUUAAAAGAAGUUCAGUGGUUCGAGUUUAAAGCACUCAUUUCAACAAGAGGAGAGACAAUCACUAUGAAUAUAAAAUAUGACCACGUUAAUGUAACUAGCUUGCCAACUAUAAUAGUAAUGAACACCAAAAACUGGGACAUGAUGAAAAGAAUAGCUAAAGAAAAUGAUGACUUAGAAUGGCUCGAAAAAAAUACGGCUGUUCUUUACUCAAGAGAACCACUCUUUGAAAGACCAAAAGAAAUUAGAAAAACUAUAGAAGAAUUAAAGAAACAAUAUGGUGAUUUAGAUCCAGCCAUAUUAGAAAUGUUUGAUGAAGAAGAUAUCCAGCCGGAUAAAGAAGAAGAUGGAAGUGAAGAUAGCUCCUCAGAAUUCCAAUUACAAGAACCACUUCCAGCUAUAAUUAAUCCUGAAGCAACAUUAAGAUUACCAGAAGAUGACUUUAUACCAGAACCAGAAAAAAGACUCAGAGUGCCAUCAAUAGAAGAUGAUGAAGAACUUGCAUCAAGAUGGCCUCGUUAUGGAGAUGAAAUUAAUUAA